AUGGUGCUUCAAAGCCAGAGCCACCCUGGGAGUUGCGAAAUUGGUAUAUACUUCCCAUUGGCAGGUGGAUCAGAAACAAAUGUAACCAAGAAACCAACUUCCACAACAAGUGCCACUUCUCCUACCACUACUAUCAAUACCUUAACAUCUACCAGCACUACACUAGAUGGUACUUUACUCUCCACUGAGACUUCACAUGCUGCCACUACAAGUAUUUCUACUGUAGCAAACACACCAGAAAUUAUCUCUACAACAGUGGUUACAAAGGGUACCACAGGUUCUAUUAUACCAAAUAAUACAUCUCUUACUAAGCCACCUGAUACUCUGGUGACAAUCCAACCAGAAUUAUCAAACACUUCUAAUGGAGAUGAUCUAAUAGCUAAUUCCAGUAUCAUACUACCAACUGGAAAUAAUGCAUCUGCAACCAGCAAUACAUCCUCAAUGCGUCAUGUUCCACCAGCAUUCAGAACUACGUCUUCUGUGCCGUGGACAAACCAUACAACUGUACCAUCGCAAGAGUCAACUGAUUCCAACAGCACACAAGGGAAUGCGUCCUCAUUAGCUACUGUGACAUCUUCAGUACUACCAGUAAUUACUUUCACAGACGUCACUAAGAACUCACCCAAACCAUCUCUACCAACAUAUACAGCAAAAGUAACCAAGAAACCAACUUCCACAACAAGUGCCACUUCUCCUACCACCACUAUCAAUACCUUAACAUCUACCAGCACUACACUAGAUGGUACUUUACUCUCCACUGAGACUUCACAUGCUGCCACUACAAGUAUUUCUACUGUAGCAAACACACCAGGAAUUAUCUCUACAACAGUGGCUACAAAGGGUACCACAGGUUCUAUUAUACCAAAUAAUACAUCUCCUACUAAACCACCUGAUACUCUGGUGACAAUCCAACCAGAAUUAUCAAACACCUCUAAUGGAGAUGAUCUAAUAGCUAAUUCCAGUAUCAUACUACCAACUGGAAAUAAUGCAUCUGCAACCGACAAUACAUCCUCAACGCGUCAUGGUCCACCAGCAUUCAGAACUACAUCUUCUGUGCCGUGGGCAAACCAUACAACUGUACCAUCGCAAGAGUCAACUGAUUCCAACAGCAUACAAGGGAAUGCUUCCUCAUUAGCUACUGUGACAUCUUCAGUACUACCAGUAAUUACUUUCACAGACUUCACAAAGAACUCACCCAAACCAUCUCUACCAACAUAUACAGAUACUCCAGUUGAAUCAACAAGAAAUCCUAAAAUGUCAACAGCACAACUACUACCGGAAAAUGAAAGUACAGCAUCUAACAGCACGAAGGGACCAGAUAGUAAUUUAUCCUCUGUACAGACUUCAACUUCUGUUUCUACUAGUGCUAUUAAUGGAACAACAUAUGGUGCUUUUAGUACAUCUAGUCCAGCCUCCUCCACCGCACCAACUGCUACUAAUCUGUCUAUGUUACCCAACUUGCCACCACUUACUAGUGCAACUUCUGUCCAAUCCAGCUCACCAUCACCAACUAAUACUUCUGUCAUAUCCAGCUCACCAUCACUAACUAAUACCACUUCUGUCAUAUCCAGCUCACCAUCACUGAAUCUUACCACUUCUGUCAAAUCAAGCUCGCCAUCCCUGACUAAUACUACUUCUGUCAAAUCCAGCUCACCAUCACCGACUAAUACCACUUCUGUCAUAUCCAGCUCACCAUCACUGAAUCUUACCACUUCUGUCCAAUCCAGCUCACCAUCACCGACUAAUACCACUUCUGUCAAAUCCAGCUCACCAUCACUGAGUGGUACCACUUCUAUCAAAUCCAGCUCACCAUCACUGAGUGGUACCACUUCUAUCAAAUCCAGCUCACUAUCACUGAGUGGUACCACUGCUGUCAAAACCAGCUCACCAUCUACUGUCACUAGUACAACUAAUAAUGAUAAGUCCUCAUCCAUUUCAUCCUCUGCUCCCAAUAUGGUGACGGAAACUUCAGUAUCACAGACAGGAAUCACAGACCUCACUACUUCUGAAUCCAGCAAUAAACCAUCACCAGCAGCCACAGUCACUUUCUAUGUUGUCCAAAUGAGCGUAACAGUCACAGGAACACAAGGGAGCAUUAAUGGAGAGCAGGCCUUCACCCUCAUGAAAAACAUGAUGGACUUCCUCCUGAAGAACUCAGAGUUUGCUCUAAUGCAGAUUACAGUGUCUGAUGAUCUGGGGUAUGUAAUGUUCACAGUGUUACGUAAGCAGGAUCAUCUCUUUAACCCAAUUUCUGAGCUCAGUAAAGCUUUUAAUACCAAAAGCAGUGGCAUAGCUAGCUUUUGGCAUGGGGGAGAGAAUAUGGAAAAUAGGCGCCCCAUGUCCAUCCAGAGUAUGAUAUAAUGAAGGUGUAUCCUCAGCAUUUGCAAUUUUGCAUUAUUGUCCGGUCAUAGACACUCUCCUAUUAUGCAGGUGCAUCCAUAGCGUCACAUACUGCACUAGAUAUACACUCAACAGUAUUGUAAUAAAGCAUAUUACACUUUAAAUACUCAUCUUCAUUAAGGUUUAUUAAUAAAACACUGUCUAUAACAUGAUAAAAUAUUA